UGCGCAUAGUGGUUGUGUGAUCUUUGUGUGGUGAAGCUAAAUAACAUUCUACAUAUCUUGACAAACUGCCUGUAGUGCAAAUUGUUUAAAGAUCCUGGAAAUAAGCGCAGAUCUCGCGAUCUGUAUACGCUAUGCUGGAAGAAGUUUCGAAAAAGAACGGUUUAUUAAAAUCUCCGAAACUGCGCAAACACACCGUUAGUAUUGUGCGUGAACACAUCCAUUAUUUUGAAGGAGGCGGAAGUUGUAGCAUGAGCAGUUUCAGCGUGUGAAAACAUCGUAAAUACCCAUUCAUUUUGAUUUGUGGGAAAAUGGGCUUGCUUUCAGGUGGCUUGGACUGACUGUAAACGUCGGGUACCACAUUAAAUUUGCAGAUUGCAAGAGAAGUCUAAUCUGGAUACCAUUUUAAAGUCAGCAGACCUUGAACAAUAGUCAGGUCUGCCAUUUCUGGCUCACACAUGAGCACAGGCUACCUCUUUAACUGUGCUGAGUGCCAUGCCUGACCGGGAUAGCACGUACCUGGUAGGUGGUGGUGGGGGCAGCAGUGGAGGUGGUGCUGGCACAGGGGUAGGGGAGGAAGUAGGUGCUGGGUCUGGCUUGACUGGAGGUUCAGACGGUCGAGGGGGAGUUGGGGGAAGCUCAACUGUUGGGAACACUGUUUCUGGGGCCAUGGGAUGCAGCGGUGCCCUGGGAAAUGGCCACACCUGCAGUGGAGCCAGUGGCAGCUUUGGCUCUGGUUCGCCAUCAGAGGGUGUUUGCCGUGACUUCUUACGGAAUGUGUGUAAGCGUGGCAAGCGCUGUCGUUUCCGCCACCCAGACUUCAAUGAAGUACCUGACCUUGGUGCACAGAAGAAUGAGUUUGUAUUCUGUCAUGACCACCAGAACAAAGAGUGUGUGCGUGCAAACUGCCGUUUUGUGCAUGGCUCCAAAGAAGAUGAAGACUACUACAAGAAGACUGGUGAGCUCCCACUUUGGCUACGGUGGAAAGUGGCAGCAGGCCUGGGCCUGUCGCUUACUGACCUGCCACAGAAUCGUGGUGAGGCACCGAUAUGCAGAGACUUCUUGAAAGGGGAAUGUCAGCGGGGUAACAAGUGCAAGUUUCGUCAUGUGCGGAAGGACCAUGAGCACGAGGCUUCCCGAUUCAGUGCAGUGGGUAUGAUGGGUGUCUCAAGUGGGGUGGGUGGAAUAGUGAAUUCAAGCGGUGGAGGUGUGACUUGUGGUGGGGUAUCGGGAUUGGUUGGAGCAAAUGGAGGGAGUCUGAUGAUAGGGAUGGGAAGCCCCAACAUUGGAGGGUGCAGGGAUCAAGGAUUGUGUGGUGGAGGAGGAGGAGGUUCCAUGGGAAGUUGUCUUUCCCUGGGGGCUUCUGGACAGCGGCGAUAUGACCGGGGUUCCUGUUCAGUUUAUGAAUCACUGUUUGAGAAUGGACUGUUUGAUCCUGGCCCAUUGGAGAGCCCUGUUGAUCAUGCAGCUCUUCAGCUGAAGAGAAGACGGUUGGAAGGGCUUCGACUGGCUGAUGGGACUGGGGGAGGUCACUAUGAUUUAGGGGUGCAGGCUGCCCUUUCCACCAGGCCCAUAGAGUAUCGCCUAUUAGAGGAGGAAAAUGCUUUGCUGAGGAAACGAGUGGAAGAGCUAAAGAAACAGGUCUCCAACCUGAUGGCUACCAAUGAAGUCUUGCUGGAGCAAAAUGCUCAGUUCCGCAGCCAGGCAAAGGUCAUGACCUUGUCUUCAACACCAACACCAUCAGAACAGAGUCUUGCUCCACCUGUUGGUUCAGUGAGCUCCUACAACCAUGGCAUUGCACAGACUCGCACAACUUUGAGCAGUGCUGGGCUACAGCCACGUGUUGUAACCCAGCAGGAACUGGUGGCACCUGCUGGUGCCCCUGCUGGUGCCCCCCCAGCCAAUGCUGCACCCCCACCUGCUGCACCCCCUCCUCCUCCACCCCAUCUGAAUCCUGAGAUUGCUCCACUCUCAGCUGCGCUUGCUCAGACUAUUGCGCAAGGAAUGGCACCACCUGUUUCUAUGGCAUCUGUGGCAGCUUCUGUGGCCCCAGUUGCUGUCUCCAUGGCGCAGCCACUGCCAGGAAUCACCAUGAGUCAUGCCACGACGCCGAUAAUAUCAUACCCCAUUGCCAGUCAAAGUAUGAGGAUCACUACCAUGCCACAUUAACAGAAACUCAAAUAUAUGCAAUAAAUCCUGUAAAUAUUUUUUCUCGCACCAAAGUUGUGGUGCAGUUUUACAAAUGAAGUACUGUAUACAGUAUUCACAUAAACAGUUUCUCUGCUAAAAUUUCAGAAACUGCAACACCAGCAACUUGAGGAAACUUCAAGAACAUACUUGUUUUUUUUUUUGUUUUUUUUUAUUAAUUUAUCAGUCUUCUUGGUAACUUGACCAGUUUGUUUUAUUCCAUACAGUUGAUUAAAGUGUUUGCUAAAGGUGCAUAUUUUUACAUUUUGAGUGGACAACAUGGACGUUUGUCAGGAAAAAUGUACGUUUGCUUCUUAGUAGUUGGCACUCAGUUGUUUUAUUGGUUUUGUUCUGUGUUAUCAUUUUUGAUCUUUUUAGAUAAAUGGAAUAAAGGAUCAACAUGUCUAAAA